CUGUGUAGCAUGUGACAGUAUAAAAGAUAAAUGCUACGGCUGUAUAUCGGGAUAUUAUGGAAAAGUAUGUGAACAUAAAUGCCCUUCGCAAUGUUCAAAAAAUUGCGAUCCAUAUAACGGUCAAUGUGUGAGCUGCCCGUCGGGUCAGUCUGGUAAAUAUUGUAAUGACAGCUGUCAUUCCAAUUGCAUUGGGAAUUGCGAUGCUGCAUGGAAAUGUUCUCAAUGUGGUGUGGGAUACUAUGGAGACUAUUGCGAUAAAAGUUGUCCUGCCAACUGCGAUGGCCAAUGCGAUAUGCUCAGUGGGGAGUGUUUAAAAUGUGUUCCAGGUUAUCAUGAUCGAAUAUGUUCCAGCACGUGUCCUGUUAUGUGUAACACGUGUUUGAACGGCACGUAUUGCACACAAUGCAAGAGGGGAAAGUACGGUCAAAUUUGUCAAGACCCAUGCCCUAAUACAUGCAACAACUUUACGUGUGACAUACGUUCAGGACAAUGCCACAAAUGUAUAAACAAUACUUUAUACAGUGGGUGGUGCAAUGUUUCAUGCAGUUCCAAUUGUAAGAACAACAUAUGCAAUCAAACAAACGGUGGAUGUGGUGAAUGCCUGACUUCAAAAGUAUUCGGCAUGAAAUGUUCCCAAAAUUGUAGCGAAGGUUGUGUUGAAAACGAAUGCUAUCGAGACAGUGGUGCGUGUACCAAAGGUUGCGUAAACGGAUUCACAGGGCACAAAUGUGAUGUGAAUGUAACUCGUGGAGACGAAAACACCAGUGACCCACCUGUAGCUAUCAUUGCCGGUGCAGCAGGAGUGGGCGUGUCACUCAUCAUUUUGAUAGUCUUUAUUGUUGUCUUUCUAAAACUGAGACGAAAGGCAGACAGUGAACUUCAUUCGGAUUAUUCCAACGACUAUCACACCGUAGAUGAAGUAGUGAAACCUGUGGCUAAACAAGAUAAACCACCCUCAGGAAAAGUUCGUUCUACUAAUAAUGAAACUAGCAACAAAAAGGAAAGGCAAAGCAGAAACAGCGGUGAUGUUCCAAAGUCGAAUACAUCUGUUGCAAUUGAAACCGAUGAAAGCGUACUGGAAAUAGACGAUGAUGAUAGGCGUAUUCUUGCCAAACACCAGGGUAACCCGAACAAGCAUGCACAACAGGAAGAGAAUGUCUACUACAUAGGACUGGAGGAUAUUAAGAAAAGAAAGAUUGAUGUCGAUCAAUUGAUGGAUUUUGUCUCAUCUAAGCCGUUUGAAUAUUUUGAAGAAGAAUUUGAUAAAUUCCCCUACGGGCUAACCAGAAGCUAUGACGUGGCAAGGCGAACGGAAAACUUGGGUAAAAACAGAUAUCAGGGCAUUUAUGCAUAUGACGAGACAAGAGUAGAAGUAAACGGAGGCGACUCGGAUUACAUCAAUGCAAACUUUAUUGACGGUUACAAGAAGAGGAAUGCAUAUAUUGCCUCGCUUGGCCCAAUGGCGAAGCAGAUGGGAGACUUCAGUGUAUUCUGGAACAUGAUCUGGCAACAGAAGGUCGAAACUGUCGUCAUGGUUACCAAUCUGGACGAAGAGGGGAAGACAAAGUGUGAGAAAUAUUGGCCAGAAAUAGGUGCAACAAAGCUUUAUGGGCAGGUGUCUGUCCAUAUGAUGACUGAAGAGGUGUUUGCUGAGUUUACCCGACGUACCUUAAAAAUAGCAAAGGGUAAGAGCAUCCGGACCCUUCAUCACCUGCAUUUCACUGCCUGGCCUGAUAAAGGGAUUCCAGAGGACGUAACAGCUAUCCUGGAGCUACGACAUAGGGUGCUGAAGCAACAAAAACAGUUGGAAGGUCCUAUUCUCGUUCAUUGCAGUGCUGGUAUAGGUCGAACGGGGACUUACAUUGCCCUGGACAUUCUUGUACACGAAGGCGAGGCAGAAGGAGCCGUGGAGAUACAAGGAUGUGUGCUGAACAUGCGGAGGAACAGGGUCAACAUGGUGCAGACAGCGGAGCAAUACGAGUUUCUACACAAGGCUCUAGCGCAUGCUCUGACGAUGGAGAGCGCCCCGAUCUCUGUUCACCAGUUCCAAAUGCACGCUACUAGUAUGGAUCAAAGCGCCAAGCAAAAGCUAUUCAAGCAACUUGUCUCCUUUGCCAACAAUUUAUCAAACGCUGAGAUGAAAGCCCUGAAACGCAACACAACUCUGACAAACAAAAACAGAGAGGGUGCCGAUAUUCCAAGCGACGAAAACCGACCCCGCCUCUAUCUGCCAGGACGUUCUGACACAAGUGACUAUAUCAAUGCCGUCUACAUGGACAGUUUCAAGGUCAAACGCCGGUAUAUCGCGGCCCAGUCCCCGUUAUCCGUCACCGUUCAAGACUUCCUUACACUGAUCUUUCAAGAGAACUGCACGGUGGUAGUGAGCUUCCACGAUCUUAUAACUGACAAGGUUGGAGUCUUCUAUCCGGCGGACAAUCAGGUGUUGGUGGUUGGGGACUUCGAGGUGACAACUGACAGGAAAGUUGACAAGAGAGACAACUGGGUGAUGCGCACGCUUUCACUUAAAUACAAGAAAGACGGCAGGGUGAAAGCCGUGACCCACAUCCAGUACACUGACUGGCCACAGGGUAGCAAUGUACCAACAUCUCCGGCAAGUUUUAUCCAUGUCAUCCAUUUUGUUGGGCAACUUGCAGAUGCUUCGAGUGGACCAAUUGUUCUACAUUGCUUAGACGGCGCGAAACACUGCGGACUGUUCUGUACGGUGUCUAACUUACUUGAGAAGAUGGAACUGGAACAGGAAGUCAGUGUGGUGAACGAGGUCAGGAGGGUACAAACAAGGAGGAGGAAGGCCAUUGCAAAUAUAGAACAGUUCAACUUCUGUUACGAGUGCGUCCUGCAACAGAUUGGUUCCUCAAAUACUUAUUCAAACGUUGGAGUGAAGUGAAUCACACUAUUGCACUGAUUAAACAACUUGCGGAUUCUCCAAUAAAGAAUAUAGUUUCGAUGACCUUCUGUGACACGUUUUAUGACAGCAGCUGUAACUGCCUAGAAUGUGUUUUCAAAAAUGUAGAUUUAACACAUUAUGUAUGCAUGUUCAGAACAACAAAAUAGCAUUUCGGACUUAGAAACAUAUAUUUAAAACACAGUUUUUUUUCAUAAUCAUAUAUUAAAAUCGGAAAAAUAAUAAAGCGUUUUUAUGUCGGUUUAAAUCAAGAAUAUGUUUAUUUGUAAACUAUAUACUUUAAAUUUCCAAUUUAAAAAACCUGGGUGGUGUUUUUUAGCCUGAUGUCCCGGGUUCCAACCCCUAUUUAGGCAAACGUUGUAUGAUUUUCGUUUGCUUUGUUGUAAUAAUUCUGUAUAACUUUUUCAAAUAUUAUAGUUUUGUUGGUACAUGCACUUACUAUUUUUAAUACGACAAUCUGUAAAUAAGUCUCUGAUAUGUAAAAGCUUGAUAUUAUAUUUAUUUUACUACCACGUAUUGUAAAUAUUUUAGUUCACCAAUUAUAUUUUUACACAUAUAUUAUUUUUUGUAACUUCAUUUUAGUAUUUCCAUUGUGAACAUAUUAUAUAUAUUUUUUCUGUGCAAUUUAAAAUGAGUAUAUUUGUUUCACGACGCUUUUCGAUAAUAAGUAUGGUACCUAGCAUAUAUGAAGACUAUUGUUGAAGUGAGAAAAACAUCUUCGAAUCAGUGUGGAGUCUAUUAAUUAUUUAAAGGUAACAACAAUCGAAAUGCAUUUCACAUUUUCAUAAAGG